AUGUCAACUCCAAAAAGAAGAAGGUCUUCAAUAAUAACAAAACUUAAAACAUCACCAUUUAAAAAAUCACAUUCAAGUUAUGAUAUAUCACCAAAUACUCCAAAUACAAAUUCAUAUUCAAUGCAGUCCCCAAUUUUCACUCCAAAUUCUUCAACUUCAUCAAAACAACUGUAUGGUUUCACAACUCCAACAUUAACUUCAUCAUCAUCAAUGUCUUUCCAACAUUAUUCAUCACCAGAUACAGUAAUAACUGAAACAAGUCCCAUUCCACCAAAAAGCAGUACUAAGAUACAUAAGAAUUUUAAUGAAAAUAAAUGUUGCUUUUGUCAUGAUUCUUUACAUUUAACAUUACCUGGAGAAGUUAUAUUGGAAUUAGAAUGUGAACAUACAUGCCAUAAAGAUUGUUUUACUUUAUUAAUAGAUAAAUCAAAUUUAAAAAAUUUACCAAUUUGCAAUAUAUGUAAAUUACCUACAAAAAUAGCAGAUAAUGAAAUACAUCAAACAAUAAUUGAAAAUAUUUUAUCAUUAAGUACUGAAAAUAGUUUUGAUGAAGAAAAUCCAUUUUUAGAACCUCAUACUUCGAAUACUUCUUCCAUAUCAACCACUACCACUUCGAUAAUAACUCCCACAUUUAAUAGAACAGAAAGUGAUAUUUUUUCAAAUGAAUCAAAAUCUUUAUUUACUUUACCUCAACCAACCACCAAAGAUUCAGAAUUAUAUACUCCAAAUAUUUCAUGUAUUAGUGAGACAUCAAAUGUAAGAUUAAAUGAAAAUAAUGAAAUAAGUUAUAUUUUUAAUAUAAAGCCACCAAUGAUUUAUAAUGAUUCAUCAAAUCAAUUUAAUUUAUCUGAGUACCAACUAAAAACUAAAAUUUCAAAUCAUUUGAAAAAAAAAUUACAAUUAAAUAAAGAAUUGGGGGAAUUAAUAAUAUUUGAUAAAUUAAAAAUCAGUAUUAAUGGAGAAAUAUGGGAUGAUUCAGUAAUUUAUUUAUUCAAAAACUAUUUAUUAUUUUAUAAUGAUGAUAAUUUAGCUGGAAUGAUAUCAAUAGAAGAAGAUUUAUGUUCAUUAAAUCUUUCCAAUGAUGGAGUAUUAAAUUUAAAUUUAUCAGAAAGUUCAUUACCUGAAUUAUAUAUUUAUCAUCAAAAUUCAAUAAUAAUUGAAAAGUGGGAAAAUAUUUUAAUUCAAGUAUUAAAACAACAAGAUCCAUUAACUAAUUUAUUUCAAUUUACAAGUACCUGUUGGAUAGAUUUACAAAAUGAAUUUAUGAUACCACAAAAUUUAAUUAGAUUUAAUAAUUCAAUAAGUUGUGGUGGUUCAAUUUCAAAUUUAUAUAUUACAAAGUUACUACCACCACCUUUAAAUUUACCAUUAAACCUAGUAGUUGCAUUACCAUUAUAUAAUAAAUCUUGGAUGUCAAAUCAAGAUUAUAAAUAUUGGUUACAAGACUUUUUAUAUAAAAUAUUGGGAAGUUUAAGAAAUAAUGAUAAAUUAUCUUUAAUAUUAGUAGGAGUUGAUGGGAAUAGAUCUCCAUGUGCUACUGGUUCUUUUAUUGGUAGUAUUGAAGCUAAUUGGGAUGGUUGGCAAGAUUUAAUUAAUGAAAUUUCAAUAAUUCCAAAUCAAUUUAAAUCAACUAAUCAAGAAAUUCAAAUUACUUUAAAUAAAUUAAAUACAUUAUAUCCAUUUUUGGGAAAUACUGAAUCUUCAAUAAAUGAAGUAUUAAUAGUUAAUUGUGGAAGUUAUAAAGAAGAUGUUAAUGAAUCAUUAAAACUUGAUUCCCAUUUGAGAGAUAAUUUUUCAAUAAGUGUUUUAAAAAUUGGGAAAUAUACAGAAUCAUUAAAUCAACUUUCAUUAGUGUCACCUUUCCAAUAUGGUAAUGAAUCAAUAAUAAGAUUUGAAGAUUAUGAAGAAGUUUUAAAAUCAAUUGAAUCACUUAUUAAAGAAGUAUAUCAAAAAAUAUGUAUACCAAAUCUUAAAUUAUCUAUCAACACUGAUGAAGGUAUUCAAAUUUCAUCUAUUGAAAGUAAUGGAUCAAUGAUACCAAUAAAUUCUUCAAAACAAACUAUAGCUAUAAAGAAUAUAUUACCAUCAACAAAUAAAAACAUCUUAAUCAACUUUAAAAUUCACAAUUAUCAUCAAUUUUCAGAUUUAAAGAAAGUACCCAUUUUAAAUUAUACAACUAACUACAACAACAAAUCAUUUAGAAAACAAAUUUAUUCAAAAUUAGAUAUUAUAGAACAACAACAACAAAUAGAUAUUCCAAUAACACCCAGUAAAUCAAGUUCCACCACCAACACAGAAUUAUUUUAUUUAGAUAUACCUUUAUUACCACCAUUAUCACCAUCAAGGGAUACAUCAUUUACUUUUAUUAAAAGACAAACAGAAUUAUUAAUUUUAGAAAAUUUACAAAAAUCAAUUAAUUCUCAAAAUUCAAAUCAUUUAAAAGAAUGUAUAUCAGUUGCAUAUGGAUUAGUUAGAAGUGUAUCACCAGUACUACAAUCCACACUAGAAGAAGAAGAAGAUGAUGAUCAAGACGAAGAAUUGUUAGAACAAGAUAAUUAUUUAAGUCAAUUAUUAAUUUUACAAAAAUUAAGUGAUGAUAAUAAUGAAAAAUAUAUUAAUUUUAUUGUUAAGAAAUUAAAUAAAAUUAUUGAAUUAUUUGAAUCAGAUAUUGAAUGUGCUAUUGAUAAAUGCUAUGAUUUAAUAAAUAGUUUAAUAUAG